ACCAUCACGCACUCAGAGAGAGAGAGGAGAGAGGGGGAGAUGGGAGCGGUUCGAGGGGUGCUCCUGGACGAAUCCGUUCUACUAUCCGACGACGGUAGCGGAAACCCUCGCCUGAAACCGGGAGCGGAGGUUCUGCUUCGAAGGCUUCGCUACUCCAAUCUGCGAGUGGGAUUUUGUCAUCACGAAGAUCUCUCAGCCGUAAAGGCAAUUUUUCUCCAAAACACAGCAAGAAUAUACUCCUUCAGUUGCAUCUCACUUGAUGCUCCAGAUGCAAAAUAUUCGUUUAAUCAAUUGUUGCUAGACUGGGGCAUUGCUGGGGAUAGUUGUUUUUAUGUAACAUCCAAAAGGCAUGAUGCGUUUACCCAUGAGAUUAAGAAUCAGGGAUGGCUUACUGUUUGUGUAGGUGUUGACAGUGGUUCUGUGAUGAAUAAGGAAUUUCUGUUUAUUAACAAAUUGGAAGAAUUGCUCCUCACUGUUUGCAGCCUCAGUAAAAAGGCAAUGCAGAAGUCUGUAGUAGUUAUUGGGUAUGUUAUGAAACCUUCAAGGGAAGAAGAUUUUGCAAAGAGGGGUGCGUUACCCAUGUAUCCUACUCAAAAUGGACUGAUCUUUGUUCCUCUCACAUUUGACAUUCCUUUACUAUCGCAACUUCAAGAUGUUGAUGCAGUCCUUCACAAAGCAACUGAUGAAAUAGUAGACUUCAACCCUCACAUUUCAACGCAUUUUUCCCAUGGGAUUUCGUUUUCCAAGGGAAUGCAAGAGCUAGAAAGGUUUAUCCAGGACCACCCUGAAUGUUGCAUGAUUGAUCCACUAAAUAAUAUAUACCCUUUGUUGGAUCGGUACAAUAUCCAACAACUUCUACUUGGGCUGCAGGAACUCAACAUGAAAGAUCACUGUAGACUGCGGGCACCUCAUUUUCUAAAGAUUGAUAACUUUCAUGAACCUAAUCUGAGAGAUCAACUAUCAGAAGCAAAUUUAUCCUUCCCCAUCAUUGUGAAGCCACAAAUUGCAUGUGGUGUUGGUGAUGCUCACAGUAUGGCUUUAGUAUUUAAGUUUGAAGAUUUCAAGGAAAUUUGUGUUCCACUUCCUGCUAUUCUUCAGGAAUAUGUGGAUCAUGGGUCUCUGAUAUUCAAGUUUUAUGUAUUGGGAAAUAAUGUUUUUCACGCUGUUAAGAAGUCAAUGCCAAAUGCCAGUUUUCUAAAAUCUUCGUCAGAGAAAGCUGGGUCGAAACCAAUCAUCUUUGACAGUUUGAAGUCUCUUCCAGUUGCUACAGAUGACCAAUUCUCAGUAGGUAGGCUGCAAGGUGAUAUACAAUCCCUGGAUGUGGAUCUAGUUAAAAGUGCUGCAAAUUGGCUGAAGACAAAGCUUGAUCUUUCCAUAUUUGGAUUUGAUGUCGUUAUUCAAGAAGACACUGGCGACCAUGUUAUCGUGGACUUGAACUAUCUACCCUCUUUUAAGGAAGUACCUGAUACUGAUGCUAUACCAGCAUUUUGGACUGCAAUCAAGAGUGCAUAUGAGGCCAGAAAAACAAACUAGAAGGCAGCCACGAUCAUCAAUUGCACUGCACCAUCAUUUGUUCAAUAAAGAUGCUUUGUGUGGAGCAAUUUUUGGCAGGUGUUAGGCUUUAGCCGACAAAGAAUCAUGUAAGCUCUUAUUGCAGCUGCAGCAGUGUUGCUUUAAAAGAUGUCAUAUUUGAGAAGCUUUAGAAACUUCAGGACUUAACAACACAGAUGAAACAACUACAAACCAAAAUAUCUGAUGAUUUGGUGGGAUUGAGCUUCGUUCUGAUAGCGCAGCAGGAUGAAUUGCCAAUAUAUCAAUGAGGACCUUAGUUGUAGCAUAGUUGGAAAAUAUUAUGUAUCAAACAUCUAAACUACUAAAACUAAUGAUAAUGGAAUGACGUUGUUUUCGAGAAUGAACUGUUUGAAUAAUGUUUAUUAAGUCUGUUUAGUUCAGUUAUAAUCGAAUAGAGAUUUAUUU